AUGAUAAAAACAGCAGUGAAACCAAAUAUCAAGGGACAUCAAGAAGUAGUAAAACAAAAAUAUGAUCGUUAUCGUUCAGAUCCACAGCAUAGUAUCGGUGAUAAAGUAUUAGUCAGAAAUCGUAAACCACAAAAUAAAUUUUCUCCAAAAUUUUUAGGCCCAUACACAAUGGUCCAGCAUCAAGGCAAAAAAGCUUAUCUAGUACGAGCAGAUCCAAAUUCUAAAACAUAUCAAGUAGCAGUGUCGGAUCUGAGAGCAAUCGGGUAA